UGUGCUCUCGUCUUCUCUCCCUCUGCUUUCUCCUCUCUGCCGUCUCGCCACUUCGAAUUCUAGGGUUUGUUUCCUCCUGCCCUCGCUCCCUCCCCACCAUGGCGACUCCCAAGAACUGGGCCAUGGCGCCGCCCUACCACUACCACGGCCCGGAGCCACAGCCACAGUCACAGCAGCAGGAGGAGGAGGCAGCGCCGGCCGCCGAGGGCGAAGGCGGCGGAGUGGCCGGGUCCGGGGAACAACAGCCGAGGUCACUCAGGAUCGGCGGCCUUCUCGACUGGAUGAACGAGGAAUACCUCCGCAGCUGCUUCACCCGCUCGCCCGAGCUUCUGUCAGCAGUGGUAAAGCGGAACAAGGAGACCGGAAAAUCUGAGUGUUUUGGUUAUCUUAACUUCGCCGACCAUGCUACUGCUGAUCAAAUCCUUCAGAGCUACAACGGCCAGAAGAUGCCUAAUGCCGACAGAGAUUUCAGGCUCAGCUGGGUCACUAAUUAUCCUGUUCAGAAGCGUGAUGACGACGGUCAUAACAUAUAUGUUGGAGAUUUGGCCUUUGAUGUGACUGACUUCAUGCUGCACCAUGUGUUCAAGAGUCGCUAUCCAUCAGUUAAGCAUGCAAAAAUUGCAUGGGAUCAUUUCAAUGGCCGCUCAAAGGGCUAUGGGUUUGUUGUGUUUGGAGAUGUCAAUGAACGCAGACAAGCAAUGACUGAAAUGAAUGGAGCAUACUGUUCUACUAGGCCUAUGCGUGUCGGACCUGCUACCAAAAUGGCCGGUCCUUAUACACAUUGGACAGUGGCAGGGAAAUAUUCUGAUUCUGAUUCAAACAAUACAAGACUAUUUGUUGGUGGUCUUGAUCGAAUUGUGACUGAUGAGGAUCUAAAGAAAGCCUUUAGUCCGUAUGGAGAACUUACUGAGGUCAAGGUAAUAGCGGGGAAGAAAUGCGGCUUCGUGACAUAUUUGAACAGGGCAUCAGCUGAGGAGGCUAUGAGAAUUCUAAAUGGAAGCCUUCUGGGAGAUAAUACCAUAAGGAUUAGCUGGGGCCGUUCCCUUUACCACAAGCAGAAACAUGAUCAGAAUCAAUGGAAUGGUGAGCGCCAAGGCUCUGGACCUGGUUAUCGUUCGCAUCCUGAGGAUCCUAAGAUGCAUGGUUACACAGGCCAUCCAGAAUAUCCACAUUACCCACAGCAGCAAGCACAGGAGACCUCAGUACAGUGAGGACGCCAGCGCAGGGAACAUCUCGGUCGUAAGGUGCAGCAGAAUUCUUGUCGCGUAAACUCAAGAGGACUUAGUUUUCUCGGAAAAUAGCCUCUGUUUUGCCGUGUUUCUCCUUUUGUCGCACAAAUCCUCGAGAUGCCUGGAACGGCAGUUUUGGCAAAGAUUUUUCUUUCGGAAGUAGCUGUUUUUGUUAUCAUGUUUCUCCUUUUUAUGGUUGUGCACCCCGCUGUACGUGUGCCGCCACACAAAUUCCUUUGAGAUGCCUGCAACGUCGGUUUUGGUGGGGAAAACAGAGAUAACUGAUUCCUUGCAGUUUUGGUGGAAGAACACAGGCAGUAACUCACGCAGUAACUCAAAAAAUGUUGAGAAAGUUCCCAUGUAUUACAUGAAGUCUGGUAUGCUGUGAUGCUACUAUGGCCAUCGCUAGCACAUUUUCCAACUCUGGCAUGCUAUCAUGCUAAGUUUUAAGCUUUGUAAUGUGUUUGCUCUAGCAGUCUGACUGGUUUAGAAUGACAGUGUGCACUGGUGAUGUUGAUGGUGGUCGAGAUGGUAAUAAUCAUCUCGUUGGGUGUAUGUACAGGUCUGUGUUUUGCAUUGCAGGGUUGAAAAGUGCUCUUGUAGA